AUGGACAAACUACAUAAUCUCAUUGCCAGCGUGACUGGCCAAGAGAAGAUCGGCUUCAUUGACUCGUCUCAGACCUCACUUUACGUGGCGGCGGCAGCGAUAGCCUUCAACCCUAUCUUCUGGAAUCUCGUUGCGAGACUUGAGUACCGAACUCAUGUCCUAACCAAGAUUUUUGGCUCGCCGUAUUAUGGCUGCUAUGCGCUGGCAUUCACAAUAUUCUCUUUGGGUAUUUUCCGCGACUCGCUUUACAAGAAUGCACUUGAUGAGCAACCACUCUAUCCCCCCAUCCACCAGCCAGCUGCGGGAAUUGCAUGCUUCGUUGCCGGUAAUGUUCUUGUGUUAUCGAGCAUGUGGGCCUUGGGAGUCACUGGCACAUACCUUGGCGACUAUUUUGGCAUCUUGAUGGACGCGAAAGUCGAAGGCUUCCCUUUCAACGUUACCGGUGCACCGAUGUACUGGGGCAGCACGUUGUCGUUCCUGGGAACGGCGCUGUACACAGGCAGGGCCGCGGGUGUUCUGCUCACCGUUGAAGUGUUUGUGCUGUACUUUUUGGCAUUGCAAUUCGAAGAUCCUUUCACCGCCGCGAUUUAUGCAAAGAAAGAUGCCAGACCAGUGACACGAUCAAUGACGAAACAGAAGGAUCGCAAGAAGGCUUGA